GGUCAAGGGGCUGCUGUUGCCAUAGUUACAGCUGAUGUAAACAUGCUGCGUGAAGAGAGACGAAGAGUUUACCUUACAACCCUGUCCCUCUCUCUCUGGCUCUGUGGGGUCAGCGUGCAGACGCAGACUGCAAAGCCUCAGGCUGCUUCCUCAUGACAUCACAUGGUUGCAGAAUGACUUCUCUAACAUUCAUCAGUGAGGCAACACUUCCUAAACACAGAGUGCAGCCGCUGCUCCGUUGAUACUUAGAGCGGCUUCGGCGUCUUGUGCAUGUCAUUUGAAAAAGGAGCCUGCAAACAGUUCUGAGUUUAUGCACAAGCUUCAAAGUUAUCAGCGACUUAAUCAUCUGAUGCGACUUCCUGCCUCUGUCGUCGUGGUGACUGUAAGAGCCCCAGAGCACUGGAGACAGGGCCAGUGAGGAGGGCUGAUGUCUGAUUCCACUCCUGACUGCCGCUGAAAUACAUGCUACUUAUACACAGACCUGCUGGAGUGUCCCUAAAGAGGAGCCCCAGACAUGGAGGAGGAGGACAGCAGGGUGAAUGGCUGUGGACUGAGCCAGGGGAGGACAGGGUCAGACUGGGGUCCAAUCUCCCUGCUGGACAAGACCAAGGAGUUCUUCCGGACCUGCGAUGUGGAGGGCAAAGGCUUCAUCACCCGUACAGAUAUGAGGAGGCUCCACAGAGAGCUGCCUCUGUCUGCAGAGGAGCUGGAGGAUGUGUUUGACUCCCUGGAUAUAGACCACACUGGUUACCUCACGCUGGAGGCAUUCUCCUCUGGUUUCAGUCAGUUCCUGCAUGGCCGGAGGAUCUCUGUGGCUGACGACCAAAACCAGGCUCUCAGCCCAGUCUUUAGGGCAAAGGAGGCCCUUUAUCAAAGCCAAUGGGAGGCCAAGCUGUCAGGAGUCGAAGACGAGGAGGAGAAACACUUCUGUAUGCUGCUGGACAGCCUGGGGGCCAGUAAUGUGUUUGAGGAUCCGGGAGAGGUGCGCACUCUUUGGACACAGCUCAGGCGAGAUGAGCCUCACCUCCUGUCCAAUUUUGAGGAGUUCCUGGCCAGGGUCACCCACCAAAUCAAAGAGGCUCACCAGGAGAAAAAGGAGAUGGAGACUGCCCUCCAGAGGAAAGCUGCAACACACGACAGUGAGAUCCGUCAUUUAUAUGAAGAGAUGGAGGCGCAGAUCAAAAACGAGAAAGACAGGCUGCUACUGAAGGACUCUGAGCGUCUCCAGCUGCGCAGCCAUGACCUGGAGUACCAACUGUCUUCAAAAGAAAAAGAGCUGGAACAUCUUUUCCAGAAGCAGAAAAAGUUGGAGCUCCAGUGCCACGAGCUGAACAGUGAGAGGCAGGAGAGCUUCGUGGAGAACGUCAAGCUGAAGAUGACCAACGACGAGCUGUCCCGAGCGCUGGAGAGCACCAGCCAGGAGCUGGCGCUGGCCCAGGAACAGCUGGCUAUGCUGCAGGAGCAGGCUGCCCGUCUUCACCAGGAGAAAGAGAUGGAAAUGUACAGAGUCACUGAGGGACUGCAGAGAGAGAAGCAAAGUCUCAUGAAGCAGCUCGACCUCCUCAGAGAGAUGAACAAACAUUUAAAAGACGAGCGAGACAUAUGCUGUGGUGUGCCUCGAACCUCACUCAGAAAGAAGCAAAAGCAGAGAGCGGGCCUCGCCAACAUAUUCGAUGACACCAACCAGCCGGCGAAAAGAGCCCCACUGUUGGUGGACGGGUCCUACCAGUCUCUAGAGGCCUUGCCUAUAGAGCACCUUCAAAUCGUGUUUGUUGCUUCCUCCUCCUGCAGUGAGGAUGACACCUCCUCCAUCCCUUCCUCCGCUACCACAACGCCCACAUGUCAACAACGCCCAGCGGCAAAGAAAAACUUAGCCAACGGUUACGCCAACCCUGCUCCAUCCAAAGUGCACGAUGCGAAGGUGAAGGCCAAAAAAUCACCCAGCAAGACAACCCCCACUAAGAGGGUGACAGGGAAAGACAGGGUAAGAGUGAAGAAAGUGGAAACUGAGAAGAAGACAGGGGUAGAAGAGGAGGUCCUGGAUGCCCCGCCAGAUGGGUGGCCCCUCCGUCGAGUCAUCUCCAUCGAGGAGGACCACCUUCCCCACCUGCUCCAAGGAGGGCCUCAACCUCUGCUGCACCAGCUCAGUGAGGAGGAGGACGAGUUGGACAAUGAGGAGGAAGAGGAAGUUCAGAGUGAGAUUGAAACAAGUGUUGCCAUGGCUGCCACCCCACCCUCCAACGACCCACUAGCCCCUGUGUCAAGAGAAGCUCCCCUGGCAAGGAAGUCCCGCUUCACAUUGUCUCCAAGAGGACAGCCUGUUGGGAAGGAGACCCAGCAAAAGGCAAAAGAAGGAGCUCUGUUUGCCCCAGACCGUCUGUUCAAAGUGGUCCUGGUUGGCAACUCGAGUGUAGGCAAAACAUCCCUGCUACGCUCCUUCUGCGAGGGCCGUUUCCACCCUUCCACAACUGCUACUGUGGGUAUUGACUACAGCGUGAAGACACUAACCCUGGACAAUAUGCAGAUAGCCGUGCAGCUUUGGGACACGGCAGGUCAAGAAAGGUUCCGCAGCAUAACCAAGCAGUUCUUUCGCAAGGCGGACGGUGUGGUGGUGAUGUACGACGUCACUGUGGAGGAGAGCUUCAAGGCUGUGAAGCCGUGGCUCACCAACGUUCAGGAAGCAGCAGGAGAAGGGAUCCCCAUCCUCCUUUUGGGCAACAAGAUGGAUAUGGAUGGAGACAGGGAGGUGUCAUUCAAAGAAGCCGAGCAGCUGGCUUAUGAAAACAAGGUGAUGUUCUUCGAGGUCAGUGCCUACACCUCCAAGAAUGUGACAGAGUCGCUGACACACCUGGCCAGAGUGUUAAUGGAACAGGAAGACACGGUGAGAGACACAACAGUCAUCCUCAGUGCUCAGCCCAUAAAGAAGAAAGCCUGCUGCAAGUGAAGUGUACACUCGAUUCACUGAGUUCCUCUUGGACAUUGAAUAUGUGGUGUUUCAAAGACAACAGCGAAAUCACCCUUGGGCCUUUAUUAUAGAGUAAAAUGGUGUCUUUUAACAAGCAGAGUUUAUUUUGGCCCAGAAAUGCACCACAUGUUGUCAAGCUCAAAUGAUAAACUGCUGUGUCAUUUCCUGUAAAUAAUGUGGCCAGAUCACAGUAGAUCUGUCUGCAAGUUUUAAACCAGAAACUGUAUCAUAAUAACUUUCGAUAACCGUCACCCAAGAGAUAAAUCAUAGCUUUUUCAAAACUGAAUGUUAGCUUUCAAGUCUUGAUUUCUCUCUGUUUGUCUGGGGUAGUGAUUUUUAAUAUAGUCGUGUUCUGUGUUGAAGCUGAAAGUGAAAUUAUUUGGAAUUCAUUACAGUGGCGGUAAAAUCAUGUGAUGAAAAUCAGACUUGAUUCUUUGACAUUUUAUUCAUCAUCGUGUUCAUCUUUUUUUUUUCCAUACUCUGUGUUUGUCUGAUCUCCAAAACAAAAUGGUACAUUUUGACAUAUUGCAUCGUGUUUGUUACUGUUCUGAGGCUCUGUCUUAUUCCUGCACCAAAGUACAGUUGCUCUGGAUUAUCCUCCUAUAAACAAAUAAAUAACAUUUCACAUCUUUCUGAAAUCAAUGAAGCAAAAAACUUUUACAUGCAAACAAUAAAUAAUAAAGUAAGACACAAUCAGUUACGGUACCCUCUAUUAUAAAUCUUAACAAAUGACUAAAGGAAAGACUGAUGGUGACUGUGCUGUAACCCUCUCCACAUCACGCAGAUCAAUGCUUUUCAAUUAGCUGCACUAAUAUUAAAAACACUC